CCAUCAUAGCGACGAAAUCGCGACCGCGGUGGUCCGCAGAAAUAUUAUAUCGUCGUUUACGACGAAAGGGAGGCCAAUCGCUUCCUAAAAAGCGAGAGCUUUCGCUUUUUUCUGUGCUUCGUUUAAACGUCGUUAAACCGACUCAUCGACGGUCGACCAUCGGCUUAUCGAGGGUUUCUUUUACAACUUUGGAACUGACGAAACAUGGCUUAUUGAAGAAGAUGAAGGGCUUGCAGAAAAAUAUUAUUUCUCCAUACGGAGGAGACCACAUCUCUGCCAACGCGAAAAACGAGGCCAAUUAUAGCCGAACUGCCAAUGGACAAAAAGACCAAAUACCCACAGUCCUCUUCAAAGGGGACUGCUGGUGAUUCCAAGAAAAGUCAAGAUGUUGCCAACAACAAAUUAUUUCCGAAAACAUCACGUAAACGUGAACCAACUGGCGCUAAUAGCUUGUCUAAAUAUGAUCAGACAAAAAAGUACAAUACACAGAAAGCAAAAAUUUUUGAUAAGAGACCAAAACCUAAAGGACAAUAUCAUGGCGGUUCAAAGGAGGAUACCAAGGUAGUAGAAAUUGAAACAGCUGAGUUCGGCUCAGUGAUGGCACAAGGAAGUAAAAAGCAGAAUUUGAAUCAUCUGCUAAAUUUCCAUUAUGAACCACGUGACAUGCAAAGUGGUUCGGAUACAUGGAGAAUGGGAAGUACGAGUAAAGCCUACAAUCGUAAUAGUAACAGAUGGCUUCCGCCAGUACAACGGCAUAAGUAUAACAAGGAACAAUUCUUGCAAGCCAGCUGCCAAUUUGUUGUGACUGCCAAUGAAGAUUAUUCUUUAUACCUAAUUGAUCCUGAUGCGCUCGUUGAUUGGAAAUAUAUAGAACAAGUAAAAAUUCAUAAUACAGAAAGCUUAUCGUGCCCAAUUUGUUUGUUCCCACCAGUAGCUGCAAAAAUGACUCGCUGCGGUCAUGUUUAUUGUUGGUCAUGUAUUCUACAUUAUUUGUCUUUAUCUGAUAAAUCGUGGCGCAAGUGUCCUAUUUGCUAUGAAUCUGUACAUAAAUCUGAUUUGAAAAGUGUUAUUGAGGUUACACAGAAUGCUGUCAAUUUGGGAGAUCCAAUAACAUUACGUUUAAUGCGACGUGAAAGGGGUUCAUUAAUUGCAAUGCCUGCAAGUGAACCUAUUACAGCCUCUCCAACAACAUUUUUCCAGGUUUCUAAAGAUUGCAAUAAACAACUUUUCUCUAAACUUCUAAUAGCAAAUCCAAAAGACAUCAUGGAUAUAAUAGAGUCUGAACGUGCGCAAUUAAGGAUUGAAUUAAUGAAUGAUCCACAUUCCCCUGAAAAUUGCUAUAUCGAACAAGCAAUCUGUGAACUUGCAAAGAGGGAAGAAGAACUUCUGCAAAAGAAAGUAAAUGACGACGGGUCACAUCAAGAAGUAAUAGGAAAUAUUUCAUCUACAUCAAUAGGAGAUAAAGUUGAACAAGAGAAACAAGAAAGUCAACUAAUACAGCAAAGUAACGACGAAGUAAAUAAUUUAUCCAAAGAAGAUCAAUCUUCGUGUGAUGAGGGAACUGAAACAAAUAACAUAUUUUCGAAUGAAACGCAAUUACCUUCGCCUUCGCAGAAAUUCUUUUAUUUCUAUCAAGCUGAAGACGGACAAAAUGUAUAUCUCCAUGCAAUGAAUGUGAAAAUGUUAGAAAUGCAAUAUGGUAGUCUUGAGCAUUGUCCUCCGGUUAUUACGGGAAAAUUAUUAGAAAAGGAAGUAGGCAGUUUUACGGAAGACUUAAGACGGCGAUUAAGAUACCUUUGUCAUUUACCUAUAACCUGUCAAUUUGAGGUUGCUGAGAUAGAACUUAAGCCACCUAUUGUAUCGGAAGAUGUUCUUAAUUCUUUUCAUGAACAAUUGGAAAGUCGACAGAAGAGAAGGCAACGCAGGGAACGUGAAGAAAGGAAGCGAGAAAAAAAGAUAAUAGAACAAGAAAAUAAACAAAUGGGCAAAUAUCCAGUGCCAAAUGUGAACAUCGAUUCAACGCGUCACUUUCCUCAGUGGCAACCAGAACUUUUUACAGAAGAUGCGAUUCCUUCGCCAUCAGAAUCAUUGGCUACCUCCAGUGUAGCCAGCAGUCCGUCUUUAAGUACAUUUGACGAAGUUGUCUCAACUACGAGAAAAAUAAAUAACCCGAAUGAACAAGGGCCAUCGUUUGCUGAAAUGUUACGUAAUACUGGUGCACGCUUCAAAGCUGCCAAAUCGUGGCCAGCGGUCAAAGCUAAACUUCCUGAAAAACCAAAAUCUGUUAAAUCAGAUAUCGAUGAAGACGAUUGUGCUCAUGCUCCAUCCUAUAGUCAAAGUUUUGGCGACGCCUUAGCACAGGCUUUGGAGCGGACAAAAUUGUUAAAUGCUGAAGCAAAGUUGAACGAUAAUGUAAGAGGCAAAAAGAAGAAGAAGAAUAAGGCUACUGUAUUAUUUGCAACCAAUAUGUCACGCGCAUCAUAAACAAAGCUUAAAUAUUAUUAAUUUUAGAGAAGCUGCUUGUGUUUUGUUCUUUAUUUUACUCAAAAUUUAGUUGGUCUCCGGAAAUAAAUUUGAAUAUUUUAUUACAAAAAUUGCAAUGUUUUAGUAUUAGAUUCUUCAUUAAGUUUGGUGUAAAAUUUCCUUUAUAAUGCUUGUAAAAUAAAAUCUUGUUUUCCAAACUAA